UCGCGCCUGGCGAAAGAGCGCGAAACGUUUUUGGCGCGCGUGCGAAUUCUCGUUUCUGUAUGGUUCUCGCGCUUCAAGAAUUCGACAAGAACCGGUGACAUAUUCAUCUUAGUCUUCUUCCCACGCAUAUUUUGCUGAGUAUGAGGUUGGAAUGCGAGACACAAAUUGGCUAUCGACAGCUGGAGUAUCAGCGUUCUGGAGCGAGAUCCAAAAGGAAAGCCGCCUUCACAAUUCUUACAUUGUGUCGCAAGCCAGGAGAAGCAAAACAACAGAAACCGACCAUAUAUUUGCUAUUGUGCACAGCGGGAAAUCCAGCAGGAAUGAAAUAUAAGAUCCAUGACAAUGUUGAGAGGCUCUUCACGAAGUUUAUUACUCAAGGAAAAGCUACUAUUCAACUACGAGAACCGCCGCACAACUUGAUCAUUAGUAAGGCUGAUAUUUCGGAGCUACGCCGGUUUCUGAAUUUAAUAAAUCUUGCCCACCAUGGUAAGCACCUUGAGCAGUCUGCUUUUUCAGGACCACCAUCAAAGGUCACUCCUACAAAAGAAAUAUUAGUUGUACGUCAUCGGAAAGACUACCCAUCUGGUGGAUUUCCAAAAACAUUAAAGAGGCUGACAAUUGAGGGCUGCCAACUGACUUGGCUAGGUCGUGAUAUCUUUGCACUGAACAACUUAUGUAGCCUCAAAUUAGUUGCUAACAGCCUGAAGACACUGACUCCCCAGCUGAGCAGUCUGCCAUUGCGAGAGCUAGUUGUUUCACAGAACAACAUUGAAAGGCUGCCUCCUGAGCUUUUUGAAGGCCAGCUUGUCAAGUCCCUUCAGUACCUUGACAUUUCAAAUAACAAGCUUACCGUACUGCCUGACACUGUGUGUUGUGCACGAAAACUAUUAACUCUGGUAGCAAGAAGCAAUCACCUUCAAAAGCUUCCACAUGGUCUGGGGUUUAUGCCCUGCCUCUCUGAUCUCGACGUGACAAGUAAUGCACUCAAUUUGCUGCCAGCCAGUCUGCUGAUGGGAACAUUGAGUUCUAUUUCCAUUUGUGACAACCCUAUGAAUGGUGCCUUGGGGGAGCCUCUGGUGUCCUCAGAUGCUAACACUAACCAAGGACCACUGCAGUUGCUUCAAUUGGCUGCACAAGCUGCUGCUGCUAGCGGGUAUGGAAGAAAGGUGAAGUUGACAGCUCAGGAUGUUCCACGAUGUCUACUGGAGCUGCUGUGUACAGCCACUCCCUGUUACAGCUGCAAAAAAAUUGUGAUCCCAGCAGCAGCACUUAGUGUAAUCCUUAGCGUGGACCUCUCCCGGAUGGUUUCUUCCUGUGGUACAUUUGUGCGCGGCUCUGCAUCAGACAUUAUGGUGCCUGUGCAAGCAAAUAUCUGCUCUACCAGGUGUCUCCCUCAAUGAGGUCAGCAGCGUGUAAUGUUGCUUGUCUUGAAACACAACAUAUACGACUUGUGAUAAAUUGAAUAUAUGCAGUGUUCGUGGUGUGAAACACUUUAUUAGUGGCCAUAAUCAUAGUGUUAUGGCAUGGUUAUCUUAAGCACUGGAAUAUACAGGUUUUCAUACCUAAUAUCUUGAUGCCAUGUUUCAUUCCGCGAGCACUGUUCAUAUAUAGGUAUUGUACCAUAUAAAUAUUGCAUUAAAGUAAUUUGUGUUAAUGAAAA